AUGGCACAUGUAACAGAUAGCGUACCCCAGGGAGGUACCCAAAUGGGAGAAUCCUCCACAGACCCGUCUAACGGCUCUGUCUGUCCCGCGUAUUCUGGGGGGGACAACAUUUGCCACAAUUCUACCAACGACCAAACGCGCGAAAACCGGAUACCGAUUAUUGAUACUGACCGAUUGGAUGAUGUUUGUAAAAAGAAGGAUGGAAAUACUCCUUGUGAUGUAGAGUCGCUGGGUUCUAUGCCCGGCACAUCCGCAUCACUGGAACCUUGGUCCUCCAGGCUGAGGAAAAUUGAGAAGCGGCAGUAUGAGGCGGCGUCCAGUGACGAUAAGUUGCUGCCGCCUCCCAAGGUGCCGACGAAGGCCAAGGAAAAGCCUGGCCGUCAUGGAAGGGGACGCUUUUGGCGGCCAAGUACGUCACGCUUAAGUGACGAAAGCGAUACGGACACGUCUCAAGCCUCGAUUGAACCAAGGAUCAGACGAGUCUCUGAAGCGAUGGACGUGGAAGCCGCAUGCUCCUUACUGCCACCUACGGGCACCGACAGCUCGGUGGCAGGACUGGAGCGGACAGGCAUCCAGAAUGUGGAGGUUCUUCUGGAGUCCAUCCGGAAAUCAAAGAACCUUAAAGGUACGAGUCAACGUACCAUGAGAGAAGCGGCGGAGCAGGUGCGCUGCUGCGUCGAGAUGCUCGCUGCCAGGAGUACCACAGAGGAGACUAACCGCCUCCAGCUGGAAAUCCAGCGCCUGAGGCAGCAGGUUGGAUCCCAGGACAAGGAGAUUGAAGCUCUCAAAGAGGAGAUGCUCUCGUUGCGUCUCCACUCAGUUAACUUGCCACGUCAGCAACCGCAGCCGUCGAUAUCUUCCACCCCGGAAAAGUCCACAGUAGACGACGAGCUGCUGCGUGGCGUUAUUGACCGCGUAGGCAAAAUGUUGGAUGCUCGUAUGGCGGGGAUUGAAGAUCGCCUUCUACCACAGGUGAAUCUUCGCCCUCCAUUAGCAGCCGAUCGAAAGACGGCAGCCCAGAAACAGCGGCAGAGUGCUGCGGCUGGUACAAGCCAGGCGUCCGCAACCGCAACUGUCAUCGCGGCAACUCAAGCCUCAGUCUCAGAGGCACCGUCGUCUGCGCAACCACAGCAGGAGUGGCAAACUGCCUCUAAUAGGAAGAAAGACAGGAAGAAUAAAAAGAAAGCUGUUACGUCGAAAGAGGCCGCUGCCACCAUCUUAGGCGGUGCUAAGCCCUCGUCGUCACAAGCCAAAGGACGGAAGAAAAAUAAAAAGUCACGGAAUCGACGCAGAAAGCUUCGCGAACCGAAGUCAGCUGCCCUCGUUUUGACGCUUCAACCUGAGGCAGCAGAAAAGGGGCUUACUUACAAAGAUGUCCUGACAAAGGCCAGACAAGCGGCCAAUCAUGAAGAGAACGGUAUCACCGACAUCAGAUACCGUCGAGCUGCAACGGGGGCUCGACUUUUUGAGUUCACGGGAGCCAAUGGCGCUGCAGAAGCGGAUCGUGUAGCUGAACAGCUGCGCCAGAUCUUUCCGGAGGGCAUCCGGAUCUCAAGGCCAACAAAGUGUGCCGAACUGCGCAUUGUCGGCCUUGACGAUUCUGUCACCGAAGAUGACAUAUGUGAGGCGGUUGCGCGCAGGACGGGCUGCUCCCAGGAGGCGGUGCGCGUCAGCGCAAUUCGUGUUGGUCCUGGAGGAGCCGGUUCUGCCAGAAUUCGGUGCCCCGUAGCCUCUGCCAAGAUGUUAGGCGAAGCCAAUCGACUUCUCGUUGGCUGGAGCUCCGCAAAGGUUCAGGUUCUGGAGACAAGACCUAUACGGUGCUAUAAGUGCAUGGGGUUAGGACAUACCUUUCCUCUAUGCACUUCUACCGUGGACUACGCCGGACUUUGUUACCGUUGUGGAAAACCAGGUCAUAAGGCAAAUACCUGCACUGACGAUCCCCAUUGCCUGGGUUGCGAGGCAGCAAAGCUGCCCGCAAAUCACGCAGUAGGAGGAAAGGGCUGUAAGGCCCCAGCCAAGCCAAAGAGGGGGAAGACGGCCGCUAACAUCCAGGCCACCAGGCCCCAUAGCGAAGUAUUGCCAGACCAAAGGCAACAGGAGAUAGAAAUGAUUAUCGAGGACUCUAAUGGACCAAGUCCGUAA